AUGGCAAACGCUCCUCCUCACAAGCGAGGGCGCACUUCGUCAUCUCCUCCUCUCCCUACCUCCCGCCUUCAAGGCUCGACAGUCGACACCCAGUUCUACUCUCUCGACUCGUCGGAAGACAUCUCGCCCAAAGGCCUUCAGUAUCUUGUCGAAAACCACCGGCACAAUGGCAACCCAAGGACCGCGUAUCAGACCUCGCUAUACAUGGACUACUGGGGGAAACCGAACGGAGCUGUGACGAACGGCGUCCUGCAUUUGGCAUACUCGCCCGACAUCGAAAACGACGAUGCAGCGGAUCCUGUACGUCCGGAUAUACUGCGAGCGGAGUACGAGCGGAUCAGCGCCGUCGUCGAUUGGACUGUCGAACAGCGCGGACGAUCAGGAGCAGCGCUGGUAAUCUAUGGGCAACCUGGAUCCGGAAAGUCGCGAGGUUUGAGGGUUGAGCGCGGGCGCCUGUGGGAGGCGCGUCGCCCAUGCAUCGUUACCGAGACGAAGCGGACGACCUUCGACUACUACUGCGAUGCCGGACCCUUUUUCGACAUCCCGCUCGAGCUGCUUCCUCACCUUCGCUUCCUGCGUCCAACGGUUGCGCUGGUGGACGCGAGUCUCAACGGCACGGUGGACUUGCAGGACGAGUUCGCCGACCGCCUGAUCCCCAAGCUCGUCCUCCUCUUCUCCACGUCGCCGAGGCUUCCCCGUUGGCUCAAGCUGGCGACCCGCGUUCAUCCGACUUUGCAUUGGACGAUACAAGGCUGGCCAGACGAAGAAAUCGAAGCCCUCGAGAAGCUGCUCGAUAGCACGUCGUCGUCACCGUUGUCCUGGCAGGACUCUCCCAAGGCGUAUCUGCAGCGCACAAGCACUCAGGAAACGCACCUUCCUCCCCUGGAGGAGGUCAUUCCCCCUCCUGCAUCCGACGCUCUCGCCGCCCAGCUGCAGAAGAGGCUACCGAUUAAGCCUGUCACCGACAAGGACGAACCUAAACCUCCGCCUUCGGCGUUCCUUCCAGGCGAGCCUACCUAUUACCAACUACCUCCCGGUCUCCCAACUACCGGCCCCGCCUACACCUUCCGCGAGGCGGUCUACCUCCUUGGACGCUCAGUCCGCGUGCCGGUGGAAAAGGUGCAGCAGCUGAGGAGCGAGAAGUCUAGUCCGCCCGAGUGCCGACUCGAAGACCUCCACGACGGCCUUCCCCACUUCCAAGGGAUCUUCAGCAGCCUCAUCAACAUCGACACGAGAACGGGCAGGGACGACGACCCUGUGCGGCCUGCCCCGGCCGACGAUAUCUCUUAUCUGGAGAUGCGCGCGAAGGAGCUCAAGAUCGGCGACGAGUAUCAGAAGAAGGGCUUUCACACGAUUUUCACCGAGUUCCCGACUCCCGACGUUCCUCGACCCUCGCUCCAGUUUCCGAACUCGAUCGUCAAGCCCGCCUCGGCACCAUUGGAGCUCUUCGUGCGAAGGAAGCUCGAGGAGUUUGCGAUCGUCGAACUCGCACGACACGCUCGGUCUUUCGUCCACCACCCGAUCGUGCACGGGAUCACUCACGAGGUGUACUCGGCUCGUAUCAUGGAGCUCUGCGGCGCUCUCGCCGUUCUCGCCGACGGAUCAGCCUUCUCGGUUCCUCGGUUGUCGCGCGUCCCCCUCGUUCUCCCGCUCGUCAAGGUAACCGCCAACAUCGAAGAAAACGAAGGGGACGUUGCGGAGGCUGUCGCCAAGUUCGACUACGCAGGCAUCUCUCAGCAAAAACCGGCGUUUCCCCUCGACGAAUCCUUCGCCUCAACUGAUUCGGCUCUCCCGCGCCUCGCCUCGGGCCUCUACAUCCCCCGGCCCGGGUUCCCGGCCCUUGAUGGUGUCGCCGUGUACUACGAGGACGACGGGCACCUCGUCGUACUCGCUCUCCAGAUGACCGUCAGCAGCCGCCACACCGUCAAGCUCAGCGGGAUUUUGUCCCUCUACACUGCUCUCGGUCCGUACGCCGAACUUGCCGACUUUCGCUUCGCAUUCGUCGUUCCCGACAUCGACAAGGGCCUCACGCUCAUCAAGCCCCAUCGUGCGGCACUCCCGCCGUCCACAGUCAUCGAGCGCUCGAGGCGCAGCAGCCGCAAGGAUGCCUCGAGUCCAUUCACAUGGUCUCGCGCAUACAUCGUCAUCGACCCGAACCAUCCCCCGGACGAAGGCCAGCCAGCGGCACAGUAA